CGUCAGUGUGGCUCAACAACACCUUGUUCUCCGCGUCUGAAUGAACGUCCCGAGGCUCCGUGGUGCUGAAAGGACAGCUCCUCCGCCCGCUGACGCCCGCAGGUAGAUAUGUUCACCAGGAUGUUGAAACUGAGACUUCUCAACGCUGUAGCACCUGCGUACUUCUUCACAGCUACAGCAGUCACCUUCAUUUUGCACUUCUGCUUCUUCAUUCCGACAAUAUUCCCAAACCCAGAUACAUCACUGAGGGGGUCCACAACUCUUCACACAGUUGUUUUCCUUUUCUUGAUGUUCAACGCGCUGGGGAAUUACAUAAUGACAAUCAGAUAUCCUGCUGAAAGUGCCAACCAGACUGUGAUCCCGGUGUGUUCGCCACACUGCUCGGACAAAGUGGAUGCUCACUACCUCCUGAACGGUCGUCACUUCUGCAAACUGUGUAAGAAAGUUAUUCUCAAGAGGGAUCACCACUGCUUUUUCACUGGGAACUGCAUCGGCAACAAAAACAUGCGCUACUUCAUCAUGUUCUGCAUCUACACGUCGUGCACAUGUCUGUACUCUUUGGUUCUUGGUGUGGCCUUUCUAACAGUGGAGUACUCCAUCUCCUUCGAGAACCCGCUGACCUUCCUCACUCUUCUCCCCCUCUCCACUGGCUACUUCUUCAUGGGAACAAUCUCCGGCCUGCAGCUGUUCGUGGUGCUGAUGCUUUAUGUGUGGCUGGGCAUCGGCCUGGUCUGUGCAGGCUUCUGCUGCCAGCAGGUCCUGCUGGUGGCACGCGGACAGACCUGGUGUCAGAUGCAGAGAGGGCAGCUCGUGGAGAACCGCAGCCCCUGGAGAACCAACCUAAAGGACGUUUUUGGUACCCGCUGGAUCCUCGGCCUCAUCCUGCCAGUGCAGACCGUGGAGACGUGCUCUGACGACACAGAUGCACAUAAACAAGACUGAGUGAUAGCCACGUCACAUAUCAGUAGCUCCUAAUAGGUCACACAAGCAGUGCAGGUUGUACAAAAUGCUUUCUUGGGAUCCAUGUGGUGAUUUAUUUUAGAUACUAAAUGGAUGCUUUAUGACUUUUAAAGUAGUCCAUGAUAUAUAUAGUCAGCUAUUAGCAUACAUUCCUUUAAGGACAGGAGCCAUAUAAGCAAUGUAAACUUUUGAUUAAGUGCAUAGUGUAAGUGUAUCCUUUAAGUAGCUUUUUACAAGGCAAUAUUAAGGCAAAUAAAUUGGUUGUUUUUGACAUACAACAAUUUUUCAUGCACUACUACAUGCUUACAUCAAAAUAUAAAUAUGGCUUUGCAUAAGUGCAUGAAUUCACAGCUUUGCAAAUUUGUAUUAUGCUAUUGAUUUGAACGACACAUGGCAGUGCUCUCAGAGUAUUGCCCUUCCACACUUCCUUGUAGGAUGCUACAAUGUGACAUUCAGGAACCUUAAUCAUUCAAAUAAUUCACUUUGACGUUAAGGGCUAGCAGACAAGAGAAAACUACAGUGUGUAUAGCGUAAACUGCCAGGCUUGACAGCACUGUGCUGACAAUAAAGUGUUGCAGGUUGUUGAGCCUGAUGUUAUCUACUCAGAAGAAUGGGACUCAGACAGUUUGAUGACGGUACAGUAAUGUGCUCCUUUGUAAGAAUAGUUGGGGGAAGAUGAUUACCAUAUUAUUAUCCAGGGUAUUAUUCACAAUGUGCCAUAAAAUCAUGUCUUACAUGCUUACUGAUGACCCCAAAGAUGAGGUAUUCAAUUAACUGCUAAUGAUAGGGCCAUCUGUAUAACA